GCGGCGUCAUGUGAGCCCAAGAUGGCUGCGGGGCUGCGGCGGCGCUGAGAGGAGCGGCGGGGCCCGGGGGGGCGGCGGCUGCGGGCCAUGGCAGCGGCGUGAGGAGGUGGCGGCGGUGGGAGAAGGGGCUGCGGCGGGGCUGGGGCUGCGGCGGGGCCUCCCGCAGGGCCCGGUGGCGGAGGGGACCGGGGGGGCCUCGCUGCUCCAUGUCGGUUCCCUCCUGCGGGAAAUAUGAUCAGCGCCCCUGACGUGGUGGCCUUCACCAGAGAGGAGGAGCUGGAGGAUGAGCUGUGCAGCCAGCCGCCCCUGCCCGAGGAGUACUCGGUGCCGCUCUUCCCCUUUGCCAGCCCCGGUGCCAACCCCUGGGCCAAGGUCGCCAGCUCCAAGUUCACCCGGGACUUCAUCCUCAUCUCCGAGUUCUCGGAGCAAGUGGGGCCUCAGCCCCUCCUGACCAUCCCCGACGAUGCCAAAGUGUCGGGCACUUUCGAUCUCAAUUAUUUUUCCCUUCGGAUCAUGUCUGUGGAUUACCAGGCCUCCUUCGUGGGGCACCCUCCCGGCUCUGCCUACCCCAAGCUGAACUUUGUGGAGGAUUCCAAAGUGGUGCUGGGGGACUCCAAGGAAGGGGCCUUUGCCUACGUCCACCACUUGACUCUCUAUGACCUCGAAGCCCGGGGCUUCGUGAGGCCCUUCUGCAUGGCCUACAUCUCUGCUGAUGAGCACAAAAUCAUGCAGCAGUUCCAGGAACUCUCCGCUGAGUUUUCCAAAGCCUCCGAAUGCCUAAAGACAGGGAACAGGAAAGCUUUUGCUAAUGAACUGGAAAAGAAACUGAAAGAUCUGGACUACACCAGGACUGUCCUGCACAAUGAAACCGAGAUUCAGAAGAAAGCCAACGACAAAGGGUAUUACACAACCCAAGCCAUUGAGAAGGCCAACGAGCUGGCCAGCGUGGAGAAGUCAAUCAUUGAGCACCAAGAUCUGCUGAAACAAAUCCGGUCGUAUCCCUACAGGAAGUUAAAGGAGUCUGACUUCCACCCCUACGAGCCAGAGUCUGUGCUGGAUCAGGCUGACACCAGCUGUGACCAGGGCCCAGCUACCUCCGACCUCCCCGAGCCUGGUGAAACGCCCCUCUUUGCCCACCUGCCAUCCUACACCCCCAAGCUCAUCAAAGCCAAAUCUGCCAAAUGCUUUGACAAGAAGCUGAAGACGCUGGAGGAGCUCUGUGAUAUUUAUUUUUUCACUCAAACCCUUGACCAGUUGCAUCAGAUCGAGAGGACUUUCAGAGGUGAUGUCUGCUACCUCCUGACCGACCAGAUCAGCAGGGCCCUCUUGAAGCAACAAAGUGUCACUAACUUCCUCUUUGAGGAUGUGUCUUUUCUGGACGAAAAACCACCUGAAAAACAGAGCAGAGGCUGCCAGGGGCUCAGUCAAGAUGCUGUUGAUAGAAAAUGUUUGGAAGAGUCCUCUGCUCCUAAAGUGGUCAUCAGCCUGGGAUCCUACAAGUCCAGCGUGGAGAGCGUGCCCAUCAAGAUGGAGCAGGAAAUAGAGGACUCCCAAGAGCCCCAAACGACCGGGUCGGUCGCUUUGGAACAGCAGGACAACCUGGACUAUCUCGACGCGGAUAUUAAAGGCAGCAUCAGCAGCGGCGAGAGCAUCGAGGUUCUGGGGACGGAGAAACCCACCUCUGGGCUGACGAAAUCGGAGAGCCAGGCCAGCCUCCCUGUCAGCCCCAGCCCCCAGGGGGGCCGCAGCAAGGUGGGCAGCCGACGGACCGUCAGCGAGGACAGCAUCGAGGUUCUCAGCACCUGUCCCUCCGAGGCGCUCAUCCCGGAGGAUUUCAAAGCCAGCUACCCAAGUGCCAUUAACGAGGAACCUUACGUGGAUGGUGAAGAGGGAGGCCUUCGUUUCACCCCCAAACUAAACCUGGACGACGCCGACGAGCAGGAAGAUGUUUUGAACCAGGAGAACUUGGUGCAGGUCGAUUCCGCCUGUUGUAUCGGGAAGGAGAGUCCCAGUUUCCUGGAGCCUCUGCCUGCGCUGGGACAGAAGCCCUGUGAGGAGGAUGGGGUGGUGAGGAUCCCCCCGCAGCCGUACCGGGCCGAGCCGGGGCUGCACGGAGGUUUCCCCUCCCAUGAUGGCAUCUCGGGGGGCCUCCUUCCUUACGAGUUCGACUCGCACUACCUGACAGGCAACAGGGAGGUCAGCAAGAGCAGCCUGGACGAGUGCUCUGAUUCCACCAGCUACAUCAGCAGUGCUGCCUCCACCUGCUCUGACCGGACCCCUUCUCCUGCCCACCUCGCCCGCCAGGCGAGCGAGAGGCACAAGAAGAAGGCGGGGCAGAACGCGCUGCGGUUCAUCCGGCAGUACCCCUUCGCCCACCCUGCCAUCUUCUCCCUGCUCAGUGGCAGGACCCUGGUUGUGCUGGGGGAAGAGGAAGCCAUAGUCAAGAAGCUGGUGACGGCGCUCUCCAUCUUCGUGCCCAACUGCGGCGUGGACGCCAAGCCCGUCAAGCACUGGGUCGCUUCCCCUCUGCACCUCGUGGAUUUCCAGAAGUGGAAGCUGAUUGGACUCCAGAGGGUGGUGUCCCCUGCCGGGGUGAACGUGCUGCACUCCCUCAGCCGGUACAGCCGGUACCUCAGCAUCCUGGACGCUGACAGCAAGACCUUGCGCUGCCCGCUCUACAAGGGCACCCUGGUGUCCCGGCUGGCCGACCACCGCACCCAGAUCAAACGGGGAAGCACCUACUAUAUGCACGUCCAAAGUAUCCUCACCCAGCUGUGUUCAAAAGCCUUCCUCUUCACCUUCUGCCAUCAUUUGCACCUUCCCAUCAGCGAAAGGGAACCGGAGGAAUCCGUUGUGAAUCGCAGGAUGAACUUUCUGAAGCUUCAGCUGGGCCUUGCCAACGAAGAUGUCAAGAUUGUUCAGUAUUUAGCUGAGCUGCUGAAGCUGCAGUACAUUCAGGAACCCGACCAGGGGGUGAACCCUCUGCUCAGAUUUGACUAUGUUCCCAGCUUUUUGUACAAAAUCUAGCCUCGUGAGGGGCUGUCUGCCUGCGUCCUCAAAGCCUGACACAGAUCACCCGUGCUUGACAUUGCCACAGCUCUCACACGUCGGGAAGGGGCAGGGAAGCUGAUGCAUUUGCAGGCAUCUCUGCUCCACAGAAAUCAAUGUCUGAGGGACUGGUUUUCCCAUAGGGUUCUGUGUAGCCAAGAAUGUAGGUGUUCCAUCACAUAAAACACGUGGCACUCUGGUUUUAAGUGUUAGAAGGGGCAGGAUGAACUUAUAAAACGGGUCAUGGCAGCGUCCCAGGGGGAUAAUGGUGUGGAGGGAGAGAUGGGCUGUCUUGGGGAUCAAUACGUAGUAGUGUGCAGCCCCCCCCCUCAGUAACACAGUGCUCUGUAAGCUUCUGCCAGAGCCCUAAAUGCUGUUGGUCCCUUCCUUGGAGCCAGCCAGGGUGGAGACCAGAGGGGAGAUGUAAAGGCCACAGGAAGUUUUUUAAGUCACCAGUGUCUCAUGUGAGUGUGAGCUCCCAGGCAGGGUGGCAGGUUGCAGUUACCCAUCUGUGCACAGCAGGUCCCUUCCUGCAUUUUUCUGAGUUUCCUGGGACUUCCCAGGGUAGGUUGUCCCUGGGCAGUUGGGAGAGCAGUGGAGGCACAUGUGCUUCUCUCCAGAAAGCCUUUGCCAGUUUCUGUCUGCUUUGUUAAAAUCUGGAAUGUGGAAGGACUCCUUGGCACCGGCGAGCACCAAGGUGCCCGCUGCUGGGAAUGUCAAGCACUGUGCCUUGUUCAUUUGCUGGGAGACCUCCAAGAAGGGUGGGAGGGAGACUGGGAAUCCUCACAGUGUGUGGGGUCGAUGGUGGCCUUUUAAAGAGAGAGGAGAACUGAACAGAGUGGGGACACACCCCCUCCCCCCCCUAAUUUUUGGACACUUUGUGAUGGGGAAACGAACAGUGCAAUUCAGCUGCAGCUACACUGUGAGACAGCAGGCUGGGGAGAUGUAACAGCUCAGGAGAGACAGGGGAUGAAUGUACUGGAUUCUGUGUCGUAUCAGUUGUAGUUGCUUUUGGGUUUUCUUUUUUGGUCAGGGAGUUGACUUUUGUGCUGUGUGGUAGAGCAGGGUCAGCGUUGCUCCCUGCUGCUUCUGGCUGGGUCUCCGUCGUGUCUCAACUACCUCUCCCAGGGUGCUCCUGGAUGGGGCAGAACUGCACUCUCUGACCCUGAAUGCUGAGGACUUCCCUUGCAAAGCUUCUGUGCCACUUGCCUGUGCCAUAAAGGUUGUGCCACCAGCAUGGUGGCACUCCCAGGUUGUUCCUGUCAGUGCCGAAAGCUUUAUGCCCAAGCACAGUGCUUCCCUCUGGAGUCUUGUUGGAGAUGCCACUCCUUGGCCGCCGGUCCUGGGCUGCUGUUUGCUCUCCCUGGAGCCACA